GCUCAGUCGUGUCCGACUUUUAGCGACCCCAUGGACUGCAGCCUACCAGGCUCCUCCGUCCAUAGGAUUUUCCAGGAAAGAGUACUGGAGUGGGGUGCAGCUGCCAAUCACGUGGAGGCUGGGCCGAUCCCGCCCACCCUGCCGCUCGGGGCCCGCCCCCUCGUGAUUGGUGGCUCCGGCGUCCUAUCACUGCCGCGCUCGCUCCGGCGGCCCCCGUGGCCCAUCCUCCGACGCCGUAAGGGGGCGGGGACUAGGGCCUCCUCAGGUUCCCUCCGCCCCCUGCCUACGCGCCGACCAGUAGGAUUAGUCGUGGGCAGUCCUCAGGCCGAAUCCCCGGCGUUACGUAACGGCCUCUGGAGCCUUUGCCCCCGCUCCCUCGCCUCCCUUUAUGUAACCCGGGCGCUCCGGCGCGGACCCCGCCCCCGGGCCAAUGGGGACCCGUAGAGCUGGCGGCGGCGGCCAAUCGCGCUCCGCGAGGGUGGAGCCGUGUCACGUGGCGCGAGGGGGGCGUGGUGCCGGCGGUCGCCUGGCACGCGGCGGGCCUCGAGACCGCGCGCGGUCGGGUCCGCUGGGCUGAGCAUCGCCGGCGGCGGCGGGUGAGCGCUCGGCCCGGGCCUGGUGGGCUCGGAGCCCGCCGGCCGCGGUCGCCUCAAGCCUGUCCUGCGCUGUAGGAACUUUGUGCUUCAAGUGGCUCCUUGCUCGGUUCUGUUCCUGGGUGCGCGGCGAUUAUUGAGGCUGCCGGGGCCGGAGCCUCCCCCAGGGCUGCUCACCCUAGGAGCCACAGCUGGGCUUCCGGAAUCGAAUUGUGUUUCUCUUGACACUUGUCACUUUUAUUUCCACCCUCCCCCUUCAGGGUGGAUUUCCGGUGAGCGGAGACAUCCAAAAUUGCAGGGAAAUACUGGGGAGAAAAGUGCCCCGGGAGGAGCAGGGUCAGUAAUUGCCCGCUAAUGAUGACUGACAUUUCUAAGGCGGUGGCAUGGACCACAAUGAGAAAUAUGGUUCGGUCGCCGAUUGCAAAGUAGCAAAGAGCAGGCGACUGACUGAGGGCUGCUGGGCGAAAGAUGGAUCCCUGUGAAAAUGUAGAAAGGUCCAGUGGUAAAUCUGAGAACCCCAGGGGGAGUCAGCGUCAUGAACUUGAAGGACCACAGGCCAGUGGUCCUGAGGCGCCCGGGAAUGAUGCUGCUGAGCUAUGGAGCCAGAAAUGCGAGCUGCGGAGCAAAUUCGUGCAGACCAGCAACAGUGAACAGCAAGAUCGAAACAGAAUUUCUGAAGAACUUAGAAUGGUUGUCCAAGAAAUGAAAAAAUACUUCCCAUCGAAAAGACAUAGUAAACCAAGCACAGUGGAUGCCCUUAACUAUGCCCUUCUCUGUGUAUACAGGGCACAAGCAAACAGUGAGUCCUUCCAGAUUCUCAGUCAGAACAGAGCACCUCAAGCUGAUGUGACCUUGUGCAGUCUGGAGGAGCUGGCCACUAUUGCUUCAGAGCACACUUGCAAAAACACAGAUACCUUUGUGGCAGUGUUUUCACUUCUCUCUGGAAGGUUAGUGCACGUUUCUGAACUGGCUCCUUCGAUCCUGAAUUGUAAGAAAGAGUUCUUGGAGUCUUGUCAUUUUGUUGAACUGCUUGCCCCCCAAGACAUGAGGGUGUUCUACACGCACACUGCCCAUGCUCAGCUUCCGUUCUGGAACAACUGGACACAAAGAGUGGCCUCACAGUAUGAAUUGGCACCGGUGAAGUCCUUCUACUGCAGAAUCGGUGGAGGUGAAGCCGGGGAGCUGCAGCGGCCUUACUGCCCAUUCCGGAUCACCCCCUACUUGAUUCACAUGCACAGCUCGGCCCUCACGGAGCCUGAGCCCUGCUGUCUCUCGCUGGUGGAGAAGAUUCACUCGGGCUACCAAGCGCCUCGAAUCCCAGCAGGUAAAAGAAUUUUUACCACAACACAUACUCCUGGUUGUGUUUUUCUUGAAAUAGAUGAAAGGGCCGUGCCUUUCCUGGGUUACCUACCUCAGGACCUGAUCGGGACAUCCAUCCUAGUGUACCUGCACCCGGAAGAUCGCUCUCUGAUACUUGCUGUGCACCAAAAAGUCUUGAAGUAUGCAGGCCAUCCUCCCUUUGAACACCUGCCCAUUAGAUUUUGUUGUCAAAAUGGGGAUUACGUCAUACUGGACUCCAGUUGGUCCAGCUUCGUGAACCCAUGGAGCCAGAAGGUUUCUUUCAUCAUCGGUCGCCAUAAAGUGCGAACGAGUCCACUAAACAAGGAUAUUUUUGCCACCAGAGUAAGAAAGAUGAGCAAUGAUGACAAAGACAUCACAGAAUUACAAGAACAAAUUCAAAAACUUCUCUUACAGCCCGUUCACGGGAGCAUGUCCAGCGGCUACGGGAGCCUGGGGAGCAGUGGGUCACAGGAGCCUCAGGUCAGCCUCGCUUCCUCCAGUGAGUCCAGCGGGCAUGGCGUGGAUGAGGAGCCGAAGGCACCGUUGACUUUGCAGCAGAUCUGUGCCAGUGUGAACAAGAUCAAGAAUCUAGGUCAGCAGCUCUACAUCGAGUCAAGGGCCAAGUCAGCAAACAAGCCAGUGUCGGGAACCCGCUCAGGACAGCCUGGGGGUUUGUCAUCAGGGCAGUUCCCUGCUCUCAUGAAACAUGAGCAGAAGACCUCCUCUUCCUUCCAGACAGUGAAAAAUAAUAGCAUGUACACUGAGUCCUGUGAGGAUUUGAGAAAGGUUCAGCGUAGCCCAUCCUAUCAGCAGAUAAACUGUAUUGAUAGUGUUAUUAGGUACCUGAAGAGCUACCACAUCCCAGCUUUGAAGAGGAAGUGUAUCUCCUCUACAAAUACAACUUCCUCAUCCUCAGAAGAGGACAGACAAAGCCACAGAGCAGAUGACAUCCAGGCACUGCGAGCUGUUUCUCAGAUCCCAGCUGUACCUGCAUCAGAAAUGGCCACUAAUGGGCAGUCCACAGAGGCUGAAAGAGGAGCUCCAUGGACCCUGAGCACAGUGACUCUGAGCCUGGACACAAGCCAGGGCAGCUCCAGCAGUGUCCUUGCCGACAUCCCACCACCAGACUCAGCGGAAUUGACUCCAGCAGAGCACGUACCGCUGGCCUGUGAGCCCUGGACUAUCAGCACACACCCAGCUCCACUGGCCGCAGAAGCGUUUAAACACUCAGGGCUCACAAAGGCUGUGCUGUCAGCCCACACACAGAAGGAAGAGCUGAGCUAUGUAGAUAAAUUCCGGGAGAAGAUUCUGUAGUCACCCUAUAGCUCCUAUCUUCAGCAGGAAAGCAGAAGCAAAGCUAAAUACUUGUAUGUUCAAGGAGGUUCUGCUUCCAGGCCGACACGAUCAGCUGGUUGCAAAAAGGGGAAACACAAGCGUAAGAAGCCUCUCGUGUGGUCAGAUGGCAGCAGCGCCAAGGGUCACUUCUGUCCCCACCAGGGUGGGCAGCCCUGGUGCCCCUCCUCCGCCUCCUGUCCCCAUGCCUCUGGCCCCUCGCUCCCAGCUACAGUGAUGGUUCCCAGCCCAGCCCCUGGCCUCGUCCCAGCUCUUCGCCUCCCAGCCACGACCUCCCUUGGCAGAGAACACGAAGCUUCGAUAACUGUACUGCCAAGGCUGCCUGAGCCACCUUUGCCUAGCAGCCUGCAGUGUUUCCCAGCUCUGCCUUCUGCUUACGUCGACACUUUUGUGAACAUCUUCCUGCAUGACCCCUCUCUCUCUCCCCUCUUGUCACUGUCAUUCUCCCCAUAUCCCUUCUUGGGAGCAGCACCCUCUUCUGAAAUACUCUCUUCGGUAUCAGCAGUGGCUCCAAACCCGGGCCCACCGUCUUCAACCAUCAACCCAAGGAGCAGAGAGGAGAAGUGGGAGACACAGAAUGAAGGACACCCCCUCAUUAACUCAGGGAGAAGCUCCAUGCUCCAGCUUGACCUCCUGCAGGAGGACAGGCUCCGAUCCUGUGCAUCCCCAGAAACUGUGUGUCAGGGUCUCCGUGGCAGCAGUGGGACUAAGAUAGAUGGUUUUACUACCAAGAAACCAUCCACAGCAUCACUGCACUCAGUGUCUCCACCAGGAACGGGCUCUGCAGCAUCAGGAAGCAGUGGCAGCAGUAUAAACUUUGCUCCUAGUGAUGAUUCUUCAAAAAUCUCUCAAAAUGGGCAGCAAUCUCAGGAUGUACAGAAAAAAGAAACAUUUCCUAAGUUAGCUUAAGAGUCCAUUUGGAGAAUGAUAAAGCAGACACCUGACCUCAUUCUAAUGAUGUAUCAGGUGCCUGAGAGGGUUAAAGAAAUUGUACUGAAAGAAGACCUAGACAAGCUGGAAAGCAUGAGAUGGCAGCAGCCACAGUUUUCUCCAGGGCAAAGGGAGGAGAUAGCCAGUGUGCAUUCUUGGAUUCAGCGCCGGGUGAUCCCUCAGGAAAUAGACACCCAGGGCUGUGCCACCUGCAGACACAGAGACUCAGCUGGUGAUGCUGCAGACCCCAUGGUCCGGAUCCAACAGAGGCAGCAGCCGAGUGACUCUGAAGAAGGACCUGCACUGCCCCUCCAGACCUGUUGGACUGCUCCUCCUCCCUGUGAUUCUCUGUGAACCCUUGCAGCUUAAGGGACCAAGAAGCUGUCGUUGAAUGGAGGUCUCUCCAUCCCUGCCAGAGGUCUCAUGGCCACUGUCUUCUCUUUGCCCCUAAAUAAAGGAAAAUGCUUCUUCCUUUCUUAUAGCUUUUUAUAAAAUGCUAUAAUCAUAUGAUCAUAAUCAGGAGAAUCGACCUUUCUAUCCAUGAUGCUGCUGGACCCUGACCUGAGACUCAAGCUCUCAUAGAUUUACUUUCUAAAGUAGAACAGUUGGCCCUUGGUAUCUGCAGGGAGUUGGUUACAGGACCCCCGCAGAUACCAAAAUCCAUGGACACUCAACAUCCCUUCUAUAACAGGAAGGUUUGCCAGCCCUCUAUACCCGUGGGUUCUGCAUCCAGAGUUCUCUACCCUCCCCGACUCUUCCCACUUCGAUCACAGGGGCCGGCUGUAGUUUCCAGAAGGUACUUCUUUCUUUAACUGUCAGAACCACUUUGAAACAAUGACUGUGACUUUUCUAGAAUGUUCUCACUUGAAGCCGUUUCAUGCCCAUAUUCCUAUCUUAGGCUUAGAGAACUCUUCUGUUCUGCUCCAUCUUGAUUGUUAAAUGAUCUCUGAAGCCCUCAUUGCUUUGGUUAAGUUGUGUGAUAUUUUUGCCCUUGGUGAAAAAUCAAAUUUUAAACAGUGAACCAGCCUGGAUAUUGUCAUGGAUACAAUCAUUGCAGCCUUCUGUGCUGAUGACCGUUUUGACUUGUGUAAAUCAGAAAUGACACAGAGCAGUCAGAGGACCAUUCUGCAUGUGUGAAUGCACUUUUUUAGUACAAGCCCUCUUUCAGAUUUCUUUCUGUAUGUUUGUUUUAUUGACAGUUAACUGCUUCUUUGCCUUACUACACAUUUAGGCUCAAUUUAAAAUUGGUGCUUGUUGUAAGCAGAGCUAUAAAACCAGUUAUAGUUUUGGUGUUUUGGUAAAUAGCUGAGCUGGUAUAUUUAGAAAUGACCAUGAUGCUUCUGCUUCUGAAGAUGAGCAGAGAAGUUUCAACAGUGCCAGCUUCUCCCCACCACAGGGGCUCCACCCAACAGUAAACUGUCAUUCAAGUUUAGUAACUUUUUGUAUUGAUGGCUAUAGAAAUCAGUAAUAAAAAUGUGUACUACAGGUUUCCAUGUUUACAUAAAUGUUACCAAAAGGCUGUGUUUUGUUGAAUAAGAGGUCAGAAUUUACAAACAACAGAUGCUGUGUGAAUGGAAUCAUUUUACAAUUAAGUGCAACUUCAUCAUAACUCAAAAGGUAAAUUUAAUCCAAAUGGAAAUUUUGUAUCAGCUAAGUUUAUCAUUGUGUGGAUUUCCCUUUUUUAAUGGUUAUUAAUAUUUUAAUUGGGUGUCUUUUUUAAAAACAAUAAAGGGUGUACAUGUAAA